AUGCCCAACGCCUCACAUGCUCCCGAUUUGAUAGCUCAUCGCAAAUCCAAGGGGCUGUUUAUCGCUGAAAUCAUGACACAAACUCCUUAUUAUGGUGGUAACCAUCAUCCGCCACCCAUAUUCGUUGCUGAGCUUGACAGCCAGCCUGGGCGUCCAAGCGAUGCUCCAUCCCAUCACGGACCUGAUGGAGCACCUAUAUUCGAGAUGUCGGGCGAGCCAGUGCUUGCGCAACAGACCCAAAGUCAAACUUCCGACAAGAACCACUCUGAUGUAUCGUCGCCACCUCUACAAAGCCCUGGCAUAACCAAUGCCACAUCUCUGAGAGAAAGCCAGGACAAACCAAGCAAGAGCUCUUCCACGACGUCUCCAUCCGCCAUGGCCAACCCUUGGGCCUACUUUGGACCAGAAGCACCAGAAGGCACAUUCAAAGAAGUACAGACCGAAGAUCGUCUGUCAGAGCCUGUGUACAAACCCUAUCCUGGUGAUAGCGGAACAAACCCACCAGAGGUCCCUCAGAGCACACGUCCACCUUUCGGAACUUCAACUCCAGACCUCAAGAGUGAUGACAUUGUCCUCUAUCCUGCACCACUCAAACUUGCCCAUCGCCCUGCCAAACCGGCGUCUCCCCCGUCCUUUAAGCCGUAUGCUCCUCCAGAGUCGCAGGAUAUAUCGAGUUUGCUGCCCAAGCCUCUUAAUAGACCUGACAGAACCAGUUCGCAAUCUCCAACAACUCCAAGUUCAUACCAGCCCUACAGACCACAGUCACCCCAGUCUCCUUCUGCUGCUAUUCCAUCAUCCAAUACUCGUCCUGCUACUACAUCACCUCAGGAUGCUCCUCUAGCGUCACCUCCAGUUGUCCCCCAACAGAAACCCGCGGGCUCGCCGUCUCAACACAUCCAUUCGAUACCACCUCCAGUUCCAGAGGCCGAUAUACCGCCACAGCCGGCCUCUAUUCUUCCUACUUCUCCUAAACCCCAUUUCGAUCCACAGCCGCAACCGUAUUAUGGUAUUCCCAAUGCUGCUGCGGUACAGCAACUUCCAUCAUCUGCAUCUACAUACCUUCCUUCUCCUACAACCCCUUCGGCCCAGCCAGCCUCAACAGUUGCGCCCUCACCAGCAACUCCUGCACCUAGUGUUCCCUUCAAUCAACUACAAUAUGCUACUCACGUGGCUGUUCCAGGCCACGCGCAGACAUCCAUUGCUGGCGCUGGCUCACCUUCACCGGCAACCUCAAAUAACAUUGGAUUGCCAUUCGCCCAGCCGCAAUAUGCCACCCCAGUUCAGACUCAUAACUAUGUACCGAACCAGUCGUCUACGACUUCAGUUACCUCGCCUGCAACUGCCUCACAAGUCACGGCACCGAUAACUUCCAACCCGGCAUACGUCUCAUCCCAAUUAUCUCCAGCUCAACCCAGUUACAAUAUUCCACAACCGACAUAUGCGCCAGCUCCAGCAGGUUCAACACCAGGCGGCGCCAAUUCCUCUUUGCCUCAUCCACUUACUCCUUACCAACAAGCCGCCCAUACAGGCACCACGGCUCAUCAUUCACAUGUUCAACAGCCAAGUGCGGAACCAUGUAACAUGCCGGCACCAACGCAAGUCCCUCAAUCGCCGCCCCCUCCAUAUGCGCCCCAAGACACGAUGCCUGGAAUUGUAGCACAAACUUCAGUAUCAAGCAAUCAUACUGUAUAUCAGCUUUCUCCCGUCACCACUCACCCCCCUCAACCUCAAUACCCUCCUCAACUAACCUACGUCCCGACAAUGAGUCCUCCUUUACCGGACCAGCCAGCACAUAGCCUCCAGCCCCCAGCACUUCCUCCACGACCUUCGUCUUCGCAAGGCUUCACACCGGCGUCUGGAUUCGGUGCUGGCCCGGCCGGGUACAACUCAUCUCACUAUCCACCACCACCCCAGACUUACUUCUCGCCUCCCCCAGCUCUGCCAGCGCGGCCUGGUCUUGGAAAGCUGACUGGCGGCGGAGGAAAGAUAUUUGGCAGCAGCUCUGCGGACAAGUGGUUGAGAAAGACAGGGCAAGUGUUGGAAAGCACACUGGCACCGUAUUUGCAAGGACAGUCAGGGCCGUAUCGACCAGGCGCAUACGUUCCGCAAGGGCAGCAAGGGCAGCCGAUGCAGUCAUUCCCUGGGCCCUACCCGCCCCAUGCUCACCAUUUCCAUGCACCUCACUUAGCACCUCAGUUUAGAGGCGCGCCGGAAUCCGGACCACCACAACAGGGACCAGGCGCACCGGGUCACCAAUAG